AUGGUCUUUAUGUUUACCUUUUUAUUCCCAAUCCUGGAGGGGGUCACGUGGGACGAGGCCAGCAAGCUCGUCGGCGAGGACGCCGUCAACACGCACACCGGCGAUCACGUGGUGCUGAUGGGCGCGGCGUCCAAGGGCAUCAUCCAGCGCGGCUACCAACACAACGCGACCGUGUACAGCGCGCCGUACGCGCGCAACCCUUCGACCACAUCACCGACAACGAGAUCGACGAGUACAAGCGCGAUGUGGAGAGGAAGCGCCGCGGGAACGACUACGACACGGACCUGUCGGAGUCGGAGGCGAUCAGCGCGGCGCAGUUCACGUCGCCCGCCAGCGCGCCCUCCGAGACCGAGGAGGAGUCGCGCGACGAACACCGCGUGCUGAGAAUAGAGACAAAGCAGGCGCCCGUACGCAGCCAGCCGGAGGUCGUGCUCAGCGAUGCGGACGCGACCGACUUCUUGAACGCGGAGCGCGCACGCCGAUCUCACCAGAGCGCCAGGUCGCGAGGACAUGUUCUCCGACGACGAGGUGUUCCUCGAGCAAGGUCAGAAGGCGCCGCCGCAGGGACUCUUCACAACCAGGGCGCAACAUAUAGUCGUGCACAGGGCGCUUCCUAGAGGUACCAGAGAGCAAGGACACUAUAUAAGUAUUA